UGGUGUUGGGUAUUGCCAUGGUGCGGUUUUAUAUGCAGAAAGGAACACACAAAGGCUUAUUCAGAAGUGUUCAAAAGACGCUUAAAUUUUUCCAGACAUUUGCUUUGCUUGAGGUAGUCCACUGUGCAGUUGUUCGCACCUCUGUGCUUGUGACUGGGGUCCAAGUGAGUUCAAGAAUCUUCAUGGUGUGGUUCAUUGCACAUAGCAUAAAACAGAUCCAGAAUGAGGAGAGCGUUAUUCUUUUUCUGGUCGUAUGGACUGUGACAGAGAUUACUCGAUAUUCCUUCUACACAUUCAACCUGCUCAACCAUUUGCCAUACUUCAUUAAAUGGGCCAGAUACAACUUUUUUAUCAUUUUGUAUCCUGUUGGAGUUGCAGGUGAACUGUUAACUAUAUAUGCUGCCUUACCAUAUGUGAAGAAAACAGGAAUAUUUUCAGUGAGACUUCCCAACAAAUACAAUGUCUCUUUUGACUACUAUUACUUCCUUAUCGUUAUCAUGUUCUCCUAUAUACCAUUAUUUCCACAACUCUACUUCCAUAUGCUGCGGCAGAGAAGAAAGGUGCUUCACGGAGAAGUGAUUGUAGAAAAGGAUGAUUGAAUCAACCCAUGUAACUAUGGUGCUUUUAAGAGAAAAGUGAGGGUAAAAACCUAAAACUUCCUGUGCUUUUUCUGAGUCCAAGUUUUAACACAUGGAACAAGAAUAAACAACUGCAUAAAAUAACAUGGAUUGUAUUAUUUUUACAAUUUAACAUAUCUUCAGACUUACCUUUUCAUUCUUGGCUCCACCUUUCAGUUUAACUGUUCAUUUCUUCAGACAAGUUUUUUUCUUAUUUUCAAUAGGUUGACAAAUAGCUUUAGCAGAUUGAAUAGCUGGCUAAUGUGCGUUCUGCUAUGAAACCUGUAGUCAUUAUCAAGAAAAGGGAGAGUUAACCAGUCAUACUGAAAUUCAGUCUUCUGGAAAACAGAGCAUAAAUUAGGUAAUGUUGUUUUUCAUAGACUGGGUGGCUUAAUGUUAUCUUCCUUAUUUUAAGAUACUAAAUCUUUCAUUUUUAUCAACAUUUAGUACGACUUGAGCCUCUGAGAAAGUGUCAUUAGGAGUAGUUAGUUUAAACUAAAGCUGAGUUCAUAAUUAUGUUGGACUUGAAUCAGUCAGCUUUAUGUUAAAUAAUACCUUUACAUUAUAAGUACUGUCAGCAUGUUCAACAUUCUCUGAGUUACAGGAUCACAUGGUAGAAUUCCAAAAGUAUUUCUGAAAGGAGCUGAAUUCUUGACAGUGCAAAUUUAGAUCUCUCUGUACUUUCAUUUGCAGUUUAACAGAAACGUAGAGUAGUAGAUGUGUUUAUACUAAAAAGCUUGUGCUAGGGGAUAGUCUUGAUGUGCCUACCUUUCUCUAGCCAGUGGCUGAAGCAGGAUUUGUUUUUUGGAUAAAACUGAUCGUCAGCAUAGUUCCUAUUCUAAGUUCAAAUACGUAUACAGAAAAAUUAUGGCAUUAUAUUUAGAAACUGUAGCUAUAGUGAGAUAUUUUAUUUUUUAUAAUAAUCUAGGUGGGAUAAAAUGUAAUUAAAAUAAUUUAUUAAAAUAUAAAUUGUGCUUUAAAUCAUCUCAUUAUGCAAUAUUUAUUGCUCCCUCCCAAUUAUUUUUUUAUAAUGUGAUGACCUAAUCCUGUUUAACAUCUUCAGUAAUCUGCAAGAGGUGUCUACCAUAUAUUAAUAAAAGUUACAGAUGAUAUUACACUGUACAAUACCUGAGCGGGAGAAGUCCAGUGGUAGCUAGAUUAAAUAUAGACAAGAAUGAGAUGCAGCCUAAGAAAUCGAAAGACAAGGGAAUGCAUUUGAGGAAACUUGGAUGCUCAGUGAGAGAGAGAAGUUUGAAAUGUAGUAAUGUGGUAAGAAGCCUUGGUAGUAUAGGCAGUGAAAUUGCUUCUGGCAUCACUAAUGUCGAAAGAGGAGGGUAUAUGUAGAUGUGCUGCAUCAACCAGCUGCAACUAAGAAUGCUCUUAGUGUGACUGAUGAGGUUAUCUCUGGAAUACUAUUGUGCAUUCUGGGUACCUCAGGAGUGAAGAGUUGAGUCAAUCUUCAGAAAGGUUUGAGAACAGGAACAGAAUUGAUUGAAGUGAAACAGAAGUAGGAAAGUUUUGAGUCGUUAAGUAUGUAUAGCUUUAUGUUAUGUGACAAAAACAUAUAGAGGAAGAAGGCUUAAUAGUGUGAGGGUAUAACUAAAACAUUAUAUAAAAUUGAAACAAGGUAAAUUAUCAGAAAAUACAAAUAAAUAAAAAUUCAGGAAAAUGAAUAGUUUAAGGAAAAGAUCCCAUCACAAAGCUCAGUUACGUUCUGGAAUGAUGCCGCAAAGCUUAUCAGUGUGUGCAAUUUCUUGGAGGGUUUUAAGUUAGAUGUAAUGCAAUAUUGGAAGAUAAUCUUGCUUUGGCAGGAGUUUGAACUACACAAUUCAAUAGGCAGUUUCCAUUUCUAGCUUCUGUGAUUCUAUAAUAAUACAAUUUUUUUUUUUUUGAGUGUAGAUACACCUUUUCUGGUGAAUCUGAUGAUUUAAUAAAAAGCAAGGAUUUACUGUAUCCCUAACCUCUGAAUUCCGUUUUGUGCCUUAGAAUUGUGAUAUUUAUACAUCUCUGUUGUUACAGAUAAAUUAGUUCCCUUUUAAAUGACAGGUGCACAGUGGACUUGAGAUGGAAUCAUUGUAUUCCUAACAAUUUGAGAAGGUGUAAUCUUUGUAUAUUUUAGAAAAAAUUUCAUGCGAGGUGCUAUAAGUUAUUAAAAUACUUUUUCAUAUACAACUGGAAUUACUGAAAGUUUCACCUAUAAACCACAUUUACACUACUGAUUCACAAAAUAUUUGCUUGUAUUACGCAUGUUCAGACUAGUAGUUGUAUUUGUCCAAAGUGCUUAGUAUACUAUUUUAUAAACUUUGCCUGCAUUUUAGUCCAUGAGAGCAUCAAGGUAGCUCUUAGAAACAUUUCUCAGUUAGCAAACAGAAGAAUUUAAUGAAAUAUGAGUAAAAAAGAUUAGAUGAAGUUAUUUGUCCUCUUUUUUACUGUCGGCGCAACUCACUGAAGACCAUGGCUAUCAAUUUAUUGAAAAUGCAUUGGAUACUUUAAGGAUCUGAUUUUGAAAUCCUUUACUGGAUGAAUGUUUCCCACAGACACUAUUCCUGUAAUUAUACAAUGAAUACCUGAGCUAUAAUAUUGUAUUACUCAUGUUGCAUUUGUUCUGUAUGUGGUUUAAGGACAUUAUCAUUUGGAAUUCAAAGAAUCAUUUUUAUAUUCUUUUGUACUUGGGCCUUAAAAAAUUACGGCACUGUUCAUUAUGGUCUUGGUUUUGGGCUUUUAUAAAGCAUCCGUAUACAAGGUAAUGAUAGAACUUUUAAAGUGAUUUACAGCUGCAGUAGUAAUACUAAAACUACAACUAAUGAUGAUUUACAGUAUUGCAUUCAAUGGUAUGUAGACCAGAGAGGUUAUCAGGUAGAUUAUUUACAUGACAUAUACUUCACAAAAAAAAAAAAAAACAGGUUAUUUUCUUCCUCAUCUUUUUCAACUGAAGUCUUUCACUGAAGCCUGAAUAUCUCUACCUUUUGUUUUUAAACUUCAUUAAAUAUCUUCUGUGGGACAGUGAGAAUUGCAGGUAAAAUCCUAGCUACUCAGAUUUUACUGGUGACUUCAGAUGGGCCAGGAUUUAUGGUAUGCUUACUUAAACUUCAGCAUAACGUAGUGAAACAUUAACUUAUUCUAAGCAAUGAAUACUAAAAAAGUAUGAUUUUCAUAUGGUGCUGUCUUUCCAACUCCUAUUUGACAACUGUCUUCAUCUUUGUAUUCAUCUCUGCAAUAUUGCUAAUUAUUUCAGGCAUUGAAAACCUCCUAUUUAAGAAAGAUUAGGAACAUAUUCAAGUAUCAACCUCUAAUGUUUUGAUGUAGUCUUCAACAAAUUGUUCAUAUAAAAGUGAUUCUUCAUUGUGCUAUAUAUUCCUUCUUGAAUGGAUUAAUAUAGAGUAUGAGCUUAUAAAGCUGAUUUGUGACAAACCUUAUAAAGCUGAUUCAUGACAAUACGUAGGAAUAGAAGGAAAUUCCUAGUCAUCAAGUGCCAUUUGCUACUGUUGAUGGUAACACUGCAUUUGAACGCAGUUGGAUUUCUUUAGGGUCGGGUUCUUCUUUUUUUUUUCUCCCCUUUGCCCCACUGUUCCCACUGGAAAAGGCUGUUCCAGAUCAGAUAAGGUGAAUCACCUCAUUUCACAGCUGUGUGCCUAGAAUGUCUAAAGGCCAAAUCGGGUGUCAGGGCACGGCUGAUACAAAGGGGUAUCAGAUUGAGAAACUGCGUCCUCCACAUCAGCUGCCAAAGAAGGUCAAUGAGGCCAUUGUGAACAACAAUUGAUACAACAGUUUCUCACAACAUUUCUCACACUUCUUACUGCACAGGAUUUGAGAAGAGAGGCAGCUAAACCUACCCUCAUACCCUCUGCACAAGGAGCUAAGGAGAUCAGCUAGUAGGGUCUCUGUGUGCAAAGGGUAUGUUACAUAAAUGGGUUUUCUGCUCUACUAGGCUAUCUUAUUAGUAUCUAUAAGCAUGUAUUUCUUGAAAUAAUGGUAUGCCAAGAUAGCUGUGUCACACUGCUCUCAAAAUUAACAGCCUUGGUGAAACUGUGCAGUAUGCUGCAUCUCCUAAUUCCUGUUAAACAACAUUAAUAACACUUAGCUAGGUUCAGGUUAAUGGACAGUUUGCAAUGCAUAAUUAACAAGGGAUUGCAUGGAAACUUUCUUUGUGACCAAAGCAAAGCUACCUUUUCUUAUCCAGGAAUACAUGUGUGUAUUUUAAAUCUAGGUGUAGCUACUGCUCUGACUGUGGUACUUACACUCUUCACAGUAGGUUACCUUAGUGGAUAUUUGGAUAUUUUUGUGAUUAUUAAAUACAUUGCAAGGAAAAUAAAUUACAACCAUUACAAUAAAUUACAAGUUAAAGUAGAUUCUCCAUUAGCAAAAUAUAUGAAUUGAAUUCUAAAUUAAUUAAUUUGAGGAAAAAAAGGAAGGAAAAUUAUACAAGUAAGCUUUCUGCACCUUACAGGAGAGUUUCAUAACUCACAAACUCACAGGCAAACUGGCUGCAGUUGUUUAUAAAGGAUUGGUUAAAUAUGUUUUAAACAAAAACGUUGAAAGCUUUUCUGAAGGUUAAAUUUUGUUUCAUAAUUUUUUGUUUUAAAAUGUACUCAGAGAUACUGUAUUAUUUAUUAUCAAACAGUUUACAAUUUAAAUUCAUGCUAAACUUUUUGUAGAUGAUUUAGUGUAGCCUAUUUAAAUGUGUUGCUUUAUGUUUGUUAUGGCAGCUUAAGACACAAACAUCCUAGAUUUCUGUAAAGCUCUUACUACGUUACCCUGUUCAAACAGAUUUCAACAUUGCUAGGAUGUGCUAAGCUUUACAAGGCCACGCAAGUGGCACAUGAACAUUUGGCACAGAGAGCUCUUUAGACUUGCUUUCAUGGCUGCAUUCCUUAAUAGUGUACGGCGCUGUUGGUUCAGGCAUUGAAGUAUCCGGUAUUUUAAGUUGCUGAUAGCUUUCUAGUGGUCCUUCAGUGCCUUUAGGACUGAAGACUUUAUAGAUGUUAAUAAGUGAUUGAUCCUUUGAAUUCUCAGGUUGAGAAGACCUGAUCGUAUGAAUUCUUAGGUCAUAAUAGUAAUACUGACUAAAAAGUAGCAUUGGCUGUAGCAAGAUAAACUGUGGAGAACCUGCUUGCUAGAUCACUCUAGCUCUGUUACGGGAACUUGCUAUCACAGUCAGGCCUGCAACUGGUAGUGGUUUUGGAGCUUCUAAAAUGUGUAAUACUUCCUGUGUCAUGUUGUGUAAACUGAAACAUGUUCUUUUUUUAUUCACAGUUCUCUUGCUUCUCUGUUCAGUUUUGAAUGUAUUUUAUGUCGUUUCAGUUGGUGGCUUUGUAAGUGUUAAGUACAGAAAAAUUUAUCUAAGCAUAUCAUGUACAGAAAUGUACUUAAGGAUUCUUAAUAAUGUAUAUGCACUGCAGCUGCUCAUUAAUGUGUUUGUUAUUUUUUCUCAAAUGCAUUAUCAUUAGCAGUAUGUGCAGACAAAACCUGACAAAAUAGUACUUUUAAUAACUUACUUAUUUGCAAAGCUUAAAGGAUUUGUUGAGCUAUAGAUUCAGAUACAUGUUUUAGAGAUUGUUAAUACUGUAGCACUGUAGAAAUUCA